UUGUAAAAUCAGGUUUCAUAUUCGUGUUUCAGCACACAUGGAUAUUAGCCUCUGAUUGCCUUUUCUAUUGCCUAUAGGGUAGCUCUCAGUCGCUUUGAACGCGAUCCCAUCCAAUUUUUAUUUGACCCUCUGGCUCUGGUUGGGGCCCAUGUGAGGGUCCGUCACAAAAUUAAUAUUAAUUUGUAGCCACGAAAAGGAGAGAUAUCGCUGAAUCGCUGUGUCUGUGAGGGCGUAGUCUACGACUCUCAAGCCCACUGUGCACGGUACGCUAUCCAAGAUGGAACGGGUGACAAUGUCACGCAUGAUGCUGUUGAUAGCGGGUGUUAUUUUGGUCGUGACUGCUCCAGUGAUAGAUGGACAGCUGUUUUAUUCCUACAAUCCAGAGAUACAGAAUGGUGGAAAUAUUACUGUGCAGUGGAGAAAUCAGGGCCGCGGUGAAACUGUGGGAUCCAGUGACAAAGACGAAGUCCGCCUGUACUGUCCACCGGUACCCGUGAACAACAGUCUAUAUGAUAAUGCGUUCAUUGACAGAUGGAGCAUUUUGGAGGCCUCGACUAGUCGAAAUCCGACAGGUACCACUGGCAACAUUAGUGUGGGACCUAUCAUCAACAUGAGAGAUACAUGCCAGCUAAUAUUCUUCAGAUGGGUACCUCAGUUUGGAUUUCAUCUACCAUUCACUACAGGAUUCGGUGAGAACAUUCUUGUGAGGUUUCCUCACCGAGGAUCUGAACCUCUGCAAGGCCAUAUUGCCAUGACUGGUAACCCGAGUGAGCUGCGGGUCACCUGGGUCUCAACAGAUGUAUCAGAUCAAGAUCCUGCAGUUUGGUAUCGCAAGCAAACUGAUCCCGAUAGCAAGGCUGUGAAAAAGCAGGCAGCAGCCACCACGUACGCAGCUGGUGAUAUGUGUGGAGGAGAAGCAGCCAUUGUUUAUCCGACUAAAUUCCGUGAUCCCGGAAUCAUUUACAGUGCUGUUAUGACAGGUCUUACACCAAACACUGCAUACACGUACUGGUAUGGCUCCGGAGUCAACUCCACGCGUACGCGUAUCCUGUCACCAAAGCAAAUCCUAACAUCUCCACAGGCAAUAACAAACACAGGGCAACAAACAACAUGUCGUAUGAUUGCCUUUGCUGACAUGGGUGCAUGGGGUGGCAGCCACUUCAUGAGUUUGCCCACUGACAGCACAGCCAAGUCUGUUGUGGACUUAAUCCAGCGCAUGUGGAUCAACACCGGCAAGAAAAUCGAUAUGAUCGGCCAUGUUGGUGACAUCUCCUAUGCCAUUGGCAAGGGAUAUGUCUGGGAGAGGUUCUUCUAUCGUGUUGAGCCCAUAGCAACACAAGUUCCGUAUCAUGUUGGCAUAGGAAAUCAUGAAUACGACCAUACAAGCACAACCUCACCGAAUGAUCCCAGUGGAGUAGAGAUCAGCUACAACCCAAGUUGGGGUAACUAUGGAGAUGACUCCGGCGGCGAAUGUGGCGUUCCCAUGGCUAAGAGAUUCCACAUGCCCCAGUCUCCAGGAAGCAAUGGUGUGUUCUGGUACAGUGUAGAUGUAGCUAAUGUACACUUUGUCAUGAUCAGCACUGAACAUGACCUCAGCCCUGGAUCUGUGCAGUACAACUGGUUGAGAUAUGAUCUCAAUGCUGUCAAUCGGGCUACCCAACCUUGGGUCAUUGUUGCUGGCCAUCGACCACUCUACAACAAUGAGCAGCGCCAGCAAGAUGCUGAUCUGCCAGUGCAACGCAAGCUGAGAGAGUUUCUGAAUCCGGUGUUUGCAGAGUUUGGUGUCAACCUCUAUGUGUGUGGUCAUUACCACAACUAUGUUCGCACCACACCGAUAUCAAGGGAUGGCAGUGUGACGUCUGUAGGGACUGUACACAUCACCGUCGGUACCGGUGGUGCUGAUCUUGGUGCAGGCCAGUAUCGUUCAGUUCCCUGGGCUGUCAAGAGCUUGACGACGUUUGGAGUGAUAUCUAUUGAAACCGCCGGAACACAGAUAAUGACCGUACAGUUUGUAAACAGUAGUGGCUCAGUGCUGGACUCUGUCACCAUGAACCAGCUGCCGCAUAUCACCGUGAAACCCUCAACACAGGCAACACAGGCCUCGACCACGCCCUCGACCAACAAGCCCGCAGCAGAAAGCUCCAAUAAAGCAGCCGUCACUGUAGGUGUGGUGAUGGGACUCGUCGUUCUAGUCAUGGCUGCGGUCAUCAUCUUCUUGCUGUGGAGGCGGAGUCGGAACAGUGGUCGGAACAGUGGUUCUCGGACAGAUGGAUUCCAGGAUAUGAGUGAUGGGAGACCACUUGAGGAGGACUUUUGAUGGUGAGAAUAAAAGGGUCAGGAGAAACUCCCUGCGGAGUGUUUGUUAGGGAGCCUCCGUUCAAAGUGCUGGUAUUUUCCCUGCUGGAAGGGAUUUGUGAUAAUGCCAGCUCUCAUGGGAUCGAUGAGAACAUUAUCUCAAUUUAGGACGACAUUCACUUUACCGCCACCGAACACGUGCGGGUUGUUUUCCAUUUAUCCUGCAGGGUUUUCCCGUGAAGACUUUCGCGGUUGGUCCUUUUAGAAUUUAGAAUUAGUUUUUUUCUUCUUCUCCAAAUUGCGUUUAUCUAAGUUUUAUUCAUAGGUUUGAGGGUAUGUUGUAGUUUGCCAGAUGAAUAUCUUGACUAUGGCCACCAGAUGACAUGUCCAUGUAACAAAGGGAUUUCUGCAUGGACUAUGGAAGACGGGAAUCUUUUUCCCAUGCUUUGCUCAAUUUGACCCCAUAUAAUUAUGCUCUCAGCAUAUCCAGCCCUAUUCUCUACUUGUAUAAUUUGGAAGUGCUCUAUGUAGCACACUAGUCGUAUUUCCUUUAGUAUACUAUACAUGCCCACAUAGAGCCACAGUCAUCACUUUUCUCUUCUGUGCCGCUUUCAGCGCGUCAAUGCUGAUGGGCGGAAACAAGCUUUAUGCCACAUUCCUGACUGGAGUGAACCUUA